UCAUGGGACUGAGUGUCUCUGUGACACAGAGCGGGGCGGAGAGAGAGAGAGAGAGAGAGAGAGGCUGCCGAUCAACCAGGUCUUCCUGUGCCUGAGAACACAUAGACACACACACACACACACACACACUUACACACACACACACUUACACACUCACACACUCACACACACACUCACACACUCACACACACACACUCACACACACACUCACACACUCACACACACACAGGAAAACUGCAAGCCACAAAGUUCAGCCUGACCGGUUAUCCGUGUACACCUGAGAUCUGAGCCAGGCUCGGGGGGGAGAAAAACAUGAAGCUCCAGCUGAUACACCAGAAGGUGAAGACAUCACAUCCCCCUGCCGAUGGGAAGUGGAACUGUAGCUCGUGGAACUCAGGAUCUCAAAAGAUCUAUCGAGAUGCGAUUGUGGUGCUGACGGUGAUCAUCAUUCUCAUCCUCCUGAUGAUGGUGCAGUUACUGCUCUCCCCGUACACCCACCAAAUGGACAAAAAGGUCCAAACCCCCAUUGGGAUAGGAAAAGCUGCUGACAGCCUGGAGAAGGGCUGGUCUGACUCCUGCAGUCUCGUCCUCGUCGAGAGUAUUCCGGAAGGGAUGCACUUUGGGCCUAAUUCCACCGUGAACCCACCAUCCAUUUUUGAUGGCUGGAUGAAGUUGCUGAGCAAGGCAAAGAACAGCAUUGACAUUGCAUCCUUCUACUGGACGAUGCAAAACAGUGACACGCACACAUCCGAACCCACAGCAAAGCAGGGCCAAGAGGUUUUGCAGGAGCUGCAGCGAGUUUCUGGAAAGCUGUCCGUGAGAAUCGCUGUCAGCAAACCCUCCGGUUCACAGACCUUGAACGACCUGGAUCUCCUGGAAAAGAGCGGAGCAAAGACGGCCAUCGUGGACAUGCACAGGCUGACGGCUGGGGUUCUACACACAAAAUUCUGGAUUGUGGACAGGAAGCACUUGUACAUUGGAAGUUCCAACAUGGACUGGAGGUCACUGACCCAGGUUAAGGAGCUGGGAGCCAUCGUCUACAACUGCAGCCGUCUGGCCCAGGACCUGGGCAAGAUUUUCGAAGAGUACUGGGCUAUAGGUGGGCCCAACAGUAGCAUCCCAUCUCCCUGGCCCAGCAAUUACUCAACGGCCUACAAUAGUCAAACCCCGAUGGAACUGGACCUCGACAACGCUCCAGCCAGAGUCUAUUUUUCAAGCUCUCCACCCACACUGUGUCCAGAGGGACGAACCGAUGACCUCGCCUCCAUUCUCAGCAUCAUCGAUGAUGCGGAACGCUUUGUUUACGUGGCAGUCAUGAAUUAUAUUCCGACAACAGUGUUCUCUCAUCCCCAAAGGUAUUGGCCAGACAUCGACACACACUUGCGGAAGGCAGCAUUCGAGCGCAAAGUGCAUGUGCAUCUCCUCAUCAGCUGUUGGCUGCACACCAACCCCUCCAUGUUCCCUUUCCUUCGGUCACUGGCAGCUCUGAAGAGCAGAGAGAAGCCCCUGAGUGUGGAAGUGAAAAUCUUCAUCGUCCCCUCGACAUCGAAGCAAAAAAAGAUCCCGUUUGCGCGAGUCAAUCACAACAAGUACAUGGUGACAGACAAAGUGGCCUACAUCGGGACUUCCAACUGGUCUGGUGACUACUUUGAGAAUACAGCGGGUGUGGGCCUCGUGGUGAACCAGACCGAUUCAGGCAAGCGAUCCACGGGCUCGACAGUGCCAAAGCAACUGCAAGAGAUCUUCGAGCGAGACUGGAACUCGCCAUACAGCAAGGCCCUGAAGGAUGGGGAGGAAUUGAGCAGCAACUGUAAAUAUAUCUAACCGGUCCGGGGAGAACUUGUUCACUCAGGGUCCGAAUCUUAAUCAGCUCGAGGUCCAAAACCCCAGCAAGAGACACUGAAACUGAUCUGGAAUCCUGAAUGAUCUUGAAUCAUGUUCAUUGAUGCCCUUCAAGGUGCAUUAUUCAACAGGAAGUGAUAGCACAGGAUGUGACCACUGACCUGGGGUGAAGGGUUGGGAUUGAAUUCGCUUUGGGAAUUCUUCUGAUCAGUAGAUCCAAGGAACUUUCAGCCUUAAUGCCACUUCUCCGGGAUUUCUGCACGGGAUUAUUUGAAGAACUCUCACAGGCAAUUCAACCUCAACAGAAACCUGUGCUCCAAUGGAUGCUGCAUCUGAUGAUGAGCACGAUGCCCACCUUGCUGUUCUACACCGUAAAAUAUUGCUGUGUCCCCGAUCACAUUCGUGGUUACUCACAGGCCACAAGACAGAAUAUGGGGCCCAGAGGGACACAAAACACUGGCCCCUCAACUCUGGUACGUGUGUCCAGACCGAUGGCUCCCUCUGUCUGCUCUCUCUAAGGAUCCUAACAUGUAAUGGGAUUGGGUCAGUCCCAAUCCAGGUCCCAGUGGGUUGGGACCACAGCACCAAAGUGGCCCUUAUUCAGCAGUCGAGCACACAGGCCAGCGGGCAUAAUAUGUACCGUUGGUCAAUGUUGGCCACUUCUCAGUCUGCACCAUAAUGUAGACAGAAAGCGAGGAGCUUUACUCUGUAUCUAACCCCGUGCUGACCCUGUCCUGGGAGCUUAUGAUAAUUUACUCAGUUUCUAUUCUAACAAUAACAUCCCUCCAGUAAAAUUGCCACCAAAGGAAAUGGUCAUGCAGCUGCACAGGUAUUAUUUUAUUGUAUAUAAUCUCCCUCUCCCCACAAAGUGCAGCUUCUGUGUGGGAAGAGCAACAGAGGUGCUGGAGCCUGAUGUACUACAUUCCAAAUGCACAUUACACUACCUCGUUCUGUGCACCUCCUUUCAUCAGCUUUGAAAUAAAAUCUAUUUUAAGUCCGAA